UUGCUAUUGCUUCACCUGAGUAUGUACGACAUAGAAUCAUUUUGUUCAGGGAUUAAGUUUUCUCAAUCUUCGCACUACAGAAAUGGUCAUUUAGUGUUGUUUUUUAUUCUACCAGAUACCAGAAGAAAAACCUGCAGUGUUCACAUUAUUCCAAUGAGUUUGGUUUUAGUGGCAGCUUGUUAACAAGUGAAAGUGGAUACAAACAAAUGAUGAAUAUUUCCAUUUAAAUUAGCUGAAUUGAUUCCAUUAGUGUUAAUAUUAGAUUUUGUUUUAAUGUAAGUGCCAGCAAUGGUGGCUUUAUAGCUAUUUGUUUGUUGACACUUUGCCAAAUGGAAUAUACAUCAUAGCUGUCAGAUUUCCCCAACAAGAACCUUUAUGUCCACUCGGCUGCUCGUAAUUACAAUCUGAACAUGAUGCGAAUGAGCCAUUAAUUAAAAACCACCGUCUUUGAAGGUAUUACGGUGAUACCAGUGUUAAUUGUGCGCUGCGGACAUGUUUGUGUGUGAAUCCUUGAAGCUUUCAGGGUCACGCUGCUCUUUGGAAGAGCCUGAAAAUGAGGUCACUCUCACCUCGACCCGGCAUGGUGACCCAGCCCCCGCGGGUGGAGCAGCAGGGUCAGCUGCUGGGCGGCUUCGAUGAGAAAGCCUACCUGGCAGGGAAACAGCUGAAGCCGGGCGACGACCCGUACAGAGAGCACGCCUUCAACCUGCAGGAGAGCGACCGGCUGGGCAGCGAGCGAGCCAUCAGAGACACCCGACACUACAGGUGUGCAUCUCUGAAUUAUGACACCGACCUUCCCUCCACGAGUAUCAUCAUCACUUUCCACAAUGAGGCUCGCUCUACUCUCCUGCGCACCAUAAAAAGUGUCCUGAUGCGGAGUCCUCCAGCUCUGAUUCAAGAGCUGAUCCUGAUAGAUGACUUCAGCUCUGAUCCUGAGGACUGCCAGCUGCUCUCUCAGAUCCCCAAAGUGCGCUGCCUGAGGAACGGCAGGAGAGAGGGUCUAAUCCGAUCUCGAGUGCGAGGAGCCAACACAGCCUCGGCCUCUAUCUUGACCUUCUUGGACAGCCACUGCGAGGUUAACACCGAUUGGCUGCAACCAAUGAUCCAGCGAGUCAAGGAGGAUCAUACGCGAGUGGUGAGCCCCAUCAUUGACGUCAUCAGCCUGGAUAACUUUGCCUACUUGGCUGCAUCCGCCGACUUGAGAGGAGGAUUUGACUGGAGUCUCCACUUCAAAUGGGAACAGAUUCCCAUCGAGCAGAAAAUGGCGAGGAGUGAUCCCACGCAGGCAAUCAGGACUCCAGUCAUCGCUGGUGGGAUCUUUGUCAUGGACAAGAGCUGGUUCAACCAUUUGGGCCAGUAUGACACCCACAUGGACAUCUGGGGAGGGGAAAACUUUGAGCUUUCUUUCCGAGUGUGGAUGUGCGGAGGAAGCCUGGAGAUUCUUCCCUGCAGCCGUGUGGGUCACGUGUUUAGGAAACGGCACCCGUACGACUUCCCAGAAGGCAACGCUCUCACCUACAUUAAGAACACCCGACGGGCUGCUGAGGUGUGGAUGGACGAGUAUAAACAGUACUACUACUCUGCAAGGCCGUCAGCCCAGGGCAAGGCCUUCGGCAGCAUCGCAGACCGUCUGACGCUGCGGCGGAAGUUGAACUGCAAACCUUUCCGUUGGUAUAUGGAGAACGUCUAUCCUGAGCUGAGGAUCCCGGAGCAGGAAGCAGUGUCCAGUGUGCUGAAACAGGGUGGUUUGUGUCUGGAGACCCGUGGGACAGACGGCCUGGGCCUGGCAGAGUGCAGGGGUAUCGGAGGCAACAGGCCGCAGUCGCAGAGAUGGGAACUGAUUGAGCCGCUGAUCCGACAGCAGGAUCUCUGCCUGGCCAUUAUGAGCUUCACAUCGGGGUCAAAGGUCAAGAUGGAGCCCUGCAAUACAAAAGAGGCCAGACAGAAAUGGAAGCCUAAAGGCACCGCUCUGCAGCACAUGGUCAGCGGCCUCUGCCUGGACAGUCAGACCCCCACAGGCCCUCCAGUCAUCACACAGUGUCGCCCCCAGGUGGCCAGCCAGUCCUGGGAGCCACAGGUGAUCAUCUGAGCCAUGGCGGGCA